CGAAGGGGGAGGCGGGCGCCCGGGCGGCCCUAUUAAUGGCGGGGCUGCCCUGCCGUGGCCGCCAGCGCCGAGCGCCCCCUCGCCAGUAGCAUGCAAUGCUCGCCGAGCCUGGUGAGGUCCCUCAGCUCCGUGCUGCUGUCCUUGGGGCUGCUGCACCUGUGGCUCUAUAGCCACACGCCCUCCCGCUACGGCAAGCACGAGGAGGAGGAAGAGGAGCCGCCGCCGGCGCCCCCGGACAAGGGCGAGAAGAAGCCUCCGCCGAGGCGCCGCGCCCACCUGUCCGCUCGCUGCGCCUGGUUCCUGCAGGAGCUGCCCGCCUUCCUGGUGCCCGCGCUCCUGCUGGCGCUGCGCAGCCCGCCCCGCUUCGCGCCCCUGGGCUGCCGGCUCCUGGGCGGCAUGUUCUGCGGCCACUACUUCCACAGGACAUUCAUUUACUCCUUCCUCCGAAGAGGCAGGCCUUUCCCAUUGGAGAAGCUGUUUUUUGGUGUGCUGUUCUGCAUCUUUAAUGGCUUCCUUCAGGGUUACUACUUGAUUUACUGUGCCGAAUACCCAGAUGACUGGUACAAUGACAUCAGAUUUACAUCAGGUCUCUUGUUGUUCUUGUUUGGCAUGGGAGUCAAUAUUCACAGUGACCUCAUUCUGCGCCAGCUAAGAAAACCUGGGGAGCUCACUUACAAAAUCCCACAAGGAGGACUGUUUGCAUAUGUAUCAGGAGCAAAUUUCUUUGGUGAGAUACUGGAAUGGUUUGGCUAUGCUAUAGCAACCUGGUGCCUGCCAGCUUUUGCCUUUGCCUUUUUCACACUCUGCGUCAUUGGGCCUCGUGCUUAUCACCAUCACAGGUACUAUCACAAGAGGUUCACUGGCUAUCCAAGAUCUAGAAAAGCCUUGAUUCCAUUCAUAUUCUAGAGGCCAAUUGUCUGGACUUUUUGAGCAGCGGGGUGUAUUUUGUGUGUUAUUUUACUGUAUAACUUUAAUUAUGAAGUUUAUUAUUAAUGUGUAAAAUGCUGAUGUGAGUUUCAAAGGGAAAGAAACUUGAAUAGUGCUAUGUUGCCAGUUAUACAGAGUGUUGUUGCUGGAUGGAAACAAGUAAUCACAGUUCUGUGAUUCAUCGUCACAGUUUUUGAUUUUUUAAACAACAACAAAAAAACAAGUUUUGUCAAGCAGAGUGUCAGUGAUUUGCAGAGGCGCCUAAUGCUUUUAUUGUGCACCAUUAUUCCACUCAAAAUGUCUGCACACACACACACACAGUGCUUUUAUCCCUAGCAAUGCUGUUUUUUGUUAGUAGGAAUUACUGAAGUUUCAUCUGGGCCUGUCUGUAGUUGUCACUGCUGUAGCUAUACUGAAGACUCUGAAAGAAAAUAUCUGCUUUUUUUUUUACUGGUAAUCUUUCUAUUCUGCUCCUGUGGUCUUCCCUAUAAAGAGCAACAGGUCGUCUAUGAAAAAGUAAUUCCUGGUUCCAAGGCCUCUUGCUGAUGGAGAACAAUAUUUCAUAUUUUCCCCCCUCCAGGUGGACUGAUUAUGAUCAAGAAUGGGCUGCUGUAUUCCCAAAACCGUUAUGUAAUUUAAGUGAAUGUGUCAUUUCCUUGUAAAACAUGGCUUGUUAACUGAAUAAGAAAUAAAAUUUUUGUUCCAAA